AUGCCGAACAAGUUGCGGAAAGCCUUAGCUGACGGUUAUCCCUUUCCGCACCCGCCUAUGAGCGGAACCUGGCCAAGCUUCCGUGCCGAGGCUGACAUCCCUUCAGCUUAUGAAAGCUUGACAAGAGCCUCACGCUCCUUGCAGAACGGAAGCACCUCUACACCAAUCACUUCACCCGCUCCUCUUUGGAACGGCGAUGCCGUCUCAAGCUGUCCCGCUCUCAUCGCCGCCUCACAACAAACCACAGCUCAGCUCUCAUCUGCGUCUCUCAGCGGACCGCACCCAAAUCAACCACUUGACGCAUAA